UACUGAGUUAUAAACACAAAUAAAUGUUAGGAACAUUUUUCUGUACAACUAGUUGUCGCCAGUGCUGGAGUCAGCUUUCUCAGACAUCAGUGCGUCUGACUACCUGCCGCAUCUAGCUGACCCCCUCAGCCCCUUCUCCUCGACUUCAUCGGCCUCCUCAGGCCAAGGUGGUGCUGUGAAGUAUUUUAUAGAUCAGACUUGUAUGAAAUAAAAUCACAUAAUAUUAAUUGUGCAUUUUUACUUUGCAACUUUGAGAAUGUCAUUUGUAAUAAGUCAGUUCAGGCCAAAUCAAACUGCUCUCCUCAGGAACAUUCCCCCUGAAGCUGAAGCUUCAGCAGAGGGGCCAGAUGCAGACACAGCUACCUCCUCACUGCUCCCCUUCUCCCUGGGACACCUCAGGGCUGGAGCAGAUCAAGUUUCAGCCUUUCUCCCAGCCUCGAGGUAUGACAGAUGACAUGUCCUGGUCCUGUGGAUCAAACCCACCCCUCUACCAACUGGAGACACCCACCCAAGUCCUGUUUGGAGGUCCAGAACCAAAUGAAACAGAGGUAAGAGACCGUGCAAGACACUUCUCUCUUAACCAGCCAGAGGACAAGGAGCCCAUGUUGGACUUCAUUUUUAACCAAUCAGAAACUGAGCAGCAUUUUGAGGAGGACAUCUUUAGAGGCUUCAGUAAUGAAGAAUAUGAAAAUGAAGCUUGUCAAUCUGGGCGUGCAAAGUCAAAGAUAUGCCUCAAAGAUGGAACACCAGUCAAAUCUUCAACACCACAAACUGUCCCUGACUCACAGUGUAUGGGAAUGGAGCUCUCCAACUGCAGCGACAUAAACUUUUCAUGUCCCGGACACGACACAGGCCCCAUGAAUGGCUGUGGAUAUUCGCCAAGUUACUCUUGUAGUGGAGGUUACAUCAGUUCAAACUCAGAUGAUGAUGAAGAAUGCUGUCAGCCAUGUCUCCAGGCUUCUGCUUCUUCAUAUGUGGAACAAGCCUGUUGUUCUGAGGCUGUGAUCCAAGGCUCACAGGGGAAACCCAAACAAAGACACUCCCAGCCUAGGCCUCUCACUCCAUUCAGAGGGAACUUCAGAGCUGAUCAGAAAAUUAUGGAGAAAGUGGUUUGCCCAGAUAAAGCCUUAGGAAGUAAUAGUCGACAGACAGAAAGCAGCACACAUCAGUUUGCAUCUCCUCACCCUCUGGUUCAGACUCAGAGCUCAGAGAUCUGCAAAUGCCAAAAAACUUCCAGCGAAACUAGAGAUGUUGAAACUCAAACUAUCAACUUCCCCGCAGCUGAGACACGCGAUGCCUCGACUCAGUGCAGCGUAGUUGCAGACAGCACAUCCACAGCCCCUGGGCUCAACUUGUACCUACCACCUGUUGACACGUCAGUACAACAUCCAGCCACAGGGAGGCAGACAGGUACUGCUGCACAGCCACACACAGCUUCAUCAGGAAAGUCGGGGAGUGGAGGGAAGCACACGCCCUGGGGCAAGAAGAAAUUCAAGGCUGGUUCCCUGUCAGGCAGCAGCAGUAUGAACAAAGUCACUGCCAACAACAGCAAUGGAAAAGUUUUCCAGAGAUCCAUUAACCACUUUCUAGAUGGCAGAGUUACGGAGAAUGAAGAGGGCAGAGAUGAGAGAGGCAGACACGGAAAUGGCCCUCUGAUGAAAGACCUCUCAGAUGACGCGAGGGAGGAGGUCACAUCUGCCACCAGAGGAGUUAACAGACCCCCAGAAGAGGCCGAAACACUUCAGGAAAUAGCCGACAUUUUGCUCCUGCUCAAGCAGAGGAAGAAGAAUGAUAAGGAUGGAGGCAGCAGGAAAUAAGAAACAUGCCUCUUCUGUUUGUGUUUGUGUUUUUAAUUCAAAGCGUUAUUUUGUUU